AUGCCCAUUUGCCCUCAGCAUUGUUCACGAUGGGCUAGAGUUUACAUGGAGUAUUGUCUUUGCAAUAUGAAAGAUGGGGUUUCAUUAACUUUAGGUAUGAUUAGUGUUUUGAGUUGGGGUGUUGCUGAGAUACCUCAAAUCGUUACAAACUAUAAGGAGAAAUCCACUGAAGGACUUUCCCUUGCUUUCUUGUUGACAUGGAUUAUUGGGGAUCUUUUCAAUGUUUUUGGCUGCAUGUUGGAACCAGCUACUCUUCCAACACAGUACUACAUGGCAGUGUUGUAUACAAUGACCAGCACACUUCUUACUGCGCAAACUGUUUACUAUGGUCACAUCUAUCAUCGACUGAAAAGCAAUAUUAGACGACGCCUCAAGGGCCCUGUCUCCAGUCAUUCUGAAGAGGCUGGAAGAGUUAAACAAGGAAAUAGUGAUGCUGGUGCACAAGUCAACAGUGCUGAUAAACAGAGAAAUGAACCUGCAGCUCCUGAAGGAACAAAUGGUUUGAGUUCACCAAUUCCUUUUCCAACACUUCCUCAAAAAAGUUCCCCUGAAAGAGAUCUAUACUACGCGUCAGCAAGAUCUCUUUCAAGCAGCCAUACUCCCACAGUAGGAUCCUUUUUAGCACAAAGAACAACUCCUCCAUCGUUUUCGAUUAGGAAUUCAAUUGAAGAGCCAUUGCUUGGUGAAGAUGUAGCCACACAAUCUGCACCGAAUUUGAACACCAAAACCAUGCUAUGUGUGGUAUCUGUAGUCACAUUCCUUGGAACACUUAAUCUUCACCAUUCAGCAAACAGCAGGCUUGACAGGGUGUUUGAAAAUAAAAAUCAAGGAAUUUUCAUUCAAGUAGGAAGAAAGAUUUUGCAGACAAGUAGCAUAAUGUCACAUGAAAAUGAUAUUGAUGGAAAUGUAAUUGGAACGUUCCUUGGUUGGUCGAUGGCAGCUAUUUACAUGGGUGGACGGCUUCCUCAAAUCUGCCUAAAUAUCAAGAGGGGCAAGGUUGAGGGGCUUAAUCCAUUAAUGUUCGUCUUUGCUUUGGUUGGAAAUAUCACAUAUGUAGCAAGCAUACUAGUCGAUAGCUUGGCAUGGUCAAAGAUCGGAGCAAACCUACCAUGGCUGGUGGACGCAGGAGGUUGUGUGCUGCUUGACACUUGUAUACUGCUUCAAUUCGUCUAUUUUCGCUACCGGAGGCACCAAGUAGUGGAGGACAAGCUACAAAGCUCCAAUGGAGCUUAGAUAGUAAUGAACCAUGUUGACUA